AUGUUGAUGAUAUUGGCUUGUUUCUAUUUAAUUUCUACACCAAUAUGGGGCUGGAUAUUUGAUCGUUAUAUUGUCCAACGCUUCUCGCCUUCAUUUGUUAGAAUUAUUGGUGGAGUAUUAGUUGCUAUUUCUCCUAUAUUAAUGGGGCCAGCACCGUUUCUGGGAUUGGAAAAAAAUUUAAUUCUGAUUGGAAUCUCAUUUGCAAUUCUUGGAAUAUCUUGUGCUGUACUUUUUGUUCCGGUAUUUAAAUGGUGUUUGGACGCUGUGAAAAAUGAAGGAUAUUCAGAAAAAUCUUCAACUACUUGUGGGCAAAUUUCAGGAUAUUUUAUGUCAUUUUAUGCACUUGGUUGUUUUAUUGGCACAGCUGUAGGUGGUUUUAGUGCUGAACAUUUAGGAUUUGAAUGGACAGCUACUGCUGUAGCUGGAAUACAAAUAAUUAAUGUAGGUGUUUUAAAUAAUGAUCGGCUUACUAAAACCCCCCAAAACCUCUUACUUUCAAAACAAAUUAAAUAA